AUGAAGCUUUUUCUUUGUGCUCUUUCGUCCACAGCAUUCGGAGCUGGGGAUAAAAGAACAAAAUGCGGGAGCUGUGAACAAUUAGUCGAUGGCGUCAAUUUUCAAAUGAAAGAAACUUACAAGCAGAACUUUGGCGGCGGAAAUACGCAGUGGGAAGAGGCGAAAUUAAAGAAGAGGAAUAUCAAUUGGAUUUCUAGCGAAAGCCGGCUUUUGGAGAUUCUAGAGAACGCUUGUGGAGGAGGAUAUGGCAACAUCAACCUCAAUAGUAUGGACAUCGAAAAAGCCGGCAAAAACACUGGCUGUCAUAAUCUCUUGGAGCAGGAAGAAGAGUGGAUUGAAGAAUGGUUUUAUUCGGAGCCAGAAGAACGAAAAUCUGAUUUGAGGGAAGAAUUCUGCGUGAAAGAAAUGAAGUACUGCUGCUCUGAUAAGACCAAAUUCGGGAGUAGAUGCGAGCGAAAAUGCCCAACGAAUAAGAAGGGGGAAGUUUGCAGCAACCAGGGAAAAUGUCUCGGAGGAGGAGAUAAACAAGGGCUUGGAGUUUGUGAGUGCAAUACAGGCUACACUGGAGCUUUCUGCCAUCAUUGCGCUGCCGACCAUUUCAUCAACAAAAAUCUCGACUGCGAAGCUUGCGACAAAGCCUGUGAAGAAUGCUCUGGUCCCACUGACGCUGACUGCAAAGUCUGUUCCAAAGGAUAUGCGCCUAUUGAAUACAAAGACAAAAUAAGAUGCAAAUCAAGCGGGGACAGACACGGAAGAGACGACAGAAAAGACCGCGAAGUGAAGAGAAAAAGCAAAGACGAACUGUGA